CGCUCACAAGCAGCUGCUGUGGACGCGAUGGAAUUCUCGGUCAAACUAGAAGUAAAUCUGCCGUAACACAUCUGGAAGAACAGGCGUUAAACGCGCCCGGUGAGGUGACCCGAGGAAGAACAACUGCUGAUAACCGGAUCAAUACUUAAAAGUUUAUUUCACUCCUGAACUUUGUCUUUUGACUCAAACAGGUGAAGAUCAAGGUGUGUGUGUGAGCUGAUGUGGACGUGAAUUCAGCAGAAUGGACCAGUGUGAGGACGGAGAGGACGGAGUCCCUCCCUCUAAAACCUCUCUGUGUGGGGAACAUGAGAGUCGGAGCAAAGCUCAGAGGAAUCAACCUGGACCUGGACCUGGACCUGGUCCUGAACCUGGACCUGGACCUGGACCUGGACCUGGACCUGGACCUGGACCUGGACCUGAACCUGAACCUGGACCUGGACCUGGACCUGGACCUGGAGCUGAACCUGGACCUGGACCCAGCUGUGUUUCCUUGAAGAGUGACCGGUCAAAAGGGUUGAUAUUUGACUUUAAAGGAGUCCAAGGUUCUACUGUAAAGAGGGUCCAUCAGAAAGGAAACUCUCUUGAACAUGAACCCAGCUGUUUGUCCUUGAAGAGCGACCAGUCAAAUCCGAGAUUAAUUGAAUUUAAAGGAGACCAACAGUCUUCUUCAGAGAGAGUUGACCAGCAGAUCUCAGAGUCCCCCAGUGGUCCGUCUGUCCAGCAGCAUCAGACCCAGCUGGACUCCAUCUUUCAGCUGCUGGAGGACAACAUUGUCCUGUUUGUGAAGGACGAGCUGAAGAAGAUCCAGAGGGUUCUGAGUCCAGAUUACCCAGAAUCCCUAGAGCAUCUGUUGCAGGGUGAGGAUGAAGAGCAGAGGAGGAGCAGCAGAGAGGCGUUUGUGAAGAUCACAGUGAACUUCCUGAGGAGAAUGAAGCAGGAGGAGCUGGCUGAGCGUCUGCAGAGCAAUUUUUCUGCUGCAGUUUGUAAAAAGCGGCUGAAGUCUAAGCUGAAGAAGAAGAGCCAGUGUGUGUUUGAGGGAAUUGUUAAAGCAGGAAACCCAACCCUUCUGAAGCAGAUCUACACAGAGCUCUACAUCACAGAGGGAGGGACUGGAGAGGUCAACGAUGAACAUGAAGUCAGACAGAUUGAAGCUGCUUCCAGGAAACCACACAGAGCAGAAACAACCAUCAGACAGGAAGACAUCUUUAAACCCCCACCUGGAAGAGGAGGACCAAUCAGAACGGUGAUUGGUUUUUAUGGUCCCCGAUUGUGGAACAGCCUCCCGGAGAACCUCAGGGCCGCAGAGACUGUUGAUGUUUUUAAAAAGAGGCUCAAGACCCAUCUCUUUAAUCAGGCUUUCAACUGACUCAUUUAACUCUUCUACAUUUCUUAUGCUCACCCUUAUUUUUAUUGAAUCUUACUGCUCUGUUUUAUAUUUAGU